UGCCAAGCGUUGAAAAAAUAAAAUACGUUAUCUGCAUGAAACUGCAAAAUAAGGAAUAACCGUGAUCAAAGCUUAUAUAUGCCAUUACAACAUGCUACUUUCUUUGGUAAAUAUUGGUAAUGGCUCAAAUUUUCUAUGCAUAAAAUGUAGCCUUCAUAGUUUGAUAUGUGAAUAAGUAGCUUCAACCAUUUGUUUGGCGUUAAAGUAGACUAGACGACUUGAUCAUUUUCAUUUCAGUCCAGAUUACAAUUUUACUCCGUUACUGUCGUUUUUAGACUCAUUUUAUACGUUGAAUUUCUGUUUUUUAAACAAACUGAUUUUCGGAGUGCGGCCAAUAUCAAAAGUUUAUGAUUGCAAAAAUUGUCGUAGGAUCUUUCAUAAAUUAUUUGCAUUAAAAAAUAUUAAUUUUUUCAAACCAAUAAUUGUUGAUUGUUCCAAUUAAUCCACGAUGUCAUAAAGAAGACUCAAUUUAAGUCCAUAAGUUACUAUUAACAAGUUACCUUUCUGAUUUGAUCAAUAAAGUUUCUCCCUCCAAGUUAUUAGAACCACUCUUUCAUCCUAAUUUUACAAAAAAAAAUGGGAGAAACCUAUUCACGACUGGCAACAAACAACCCAAAUGUGCCAUUCUGCGUCAUCAGUUUCUACUGGGACCAGUUGAAUGUGUUCAAUGCAGAUGAACAGCUGGUUGGCCAAAUAAGAUCAUGUAUAAUGUACAAUUGGCCGAAGGGGAUUCAGAGAGAAAGCAGAGUGUCAGAUGUGAUCACAUUCAAGUUGAAAGGAAACCCCUUCUGGCCCCAAUCAUCAGACCACGCCCAGUUUGUCCACUUUGCCUGUAUUCUGCUAAAAGAACUGUCUAGAUCGGGAUACAUCAAGAUAAUGUCUUCGGAUGUGAACUGGUACUGUAGUUUGAGUGCGUGGUUCUUCUACAAGUCGCCUACCACUGUGGCGAAUGACAUAGAGUUCUGUGCUAUUGACAUGUGGGGCUGGGACAAGUUGAAGUUCUUCAACCUUCCUCCUGAAAUCAACGAGGCGAUGAAAUACGUGGUGUUCGAGAACUGGAAAGGAGUCCAACAAGCGCGUGUAGAAGACAAUAUCUUCACUAUGAAACUGAAAGGGUUUCCCUGGCAAAACCCAGGAGGAGAGGACGGGGUUCGAAACCGCUUGCUAGUUAUGAAGAUGAUACAGGUUAUGGCGAAUUACGGAUGGACAUUAUAUUCUGCGACUAAUAUAGACGCACAGACAGGUGCCGAUGUGAUAGCGAAAA